AUGGCCGCCACGCAGGGAGCUACCCCUCUCGCUACGUCCACUUCGCGACUUGGCACGAAAUCGACAGACAUCGGUCCAUUGAAGCGGGAAGACUCGCCUGCGUACCUGACAAGGGUCAAGCAGGAAAUUGAAGACUUCUUCGGUGAUGCGCCAACGGGGAUAUUCAUCGCGCCGGACGAGGACGACUUCACCACGAUCCACGCUCUCGUGAUGGGCCCAUCCGGAACGCCGUACGAAGACGGAUUCUUCGAGUUCCAGAUUCGAUGCCCGUCAGAGUAUCCACUGAAGCCGCCGAUCCUCAAGUUCCUAACCACGGACUCAGGCAGGGUGACAUUCCAUCCAAACUUGUACAGCUGCGGUUACGUCUCACUGAACAUCCUCGGAGAUGGCUGGAGUCAGGCUCAGGGCAUCGAGAGCUUGCUGGUUGUGAUCAAGUCGCUGCUGAACCAAGACCCCUUAUACAACGAGCCCGAAUUCGUAAAAGCGCAGGCCGACAAAUACGCCAGCAACUACGAGGCCUUCGUGGAGCACGAGACGAUCAGGGUAGCCGUGUGCGACACCGUGGCGGCGUGCCUCAGCGGAAAAUCGACGUUACCGCCAACGCUGAGGGAAGUGGUACUGAAGAAAUUCGUCGAGUGUUACGACCGUUAUGAGGCCGCAGUGAAAUCUAAACUGCAUCUGUCGGGUAACGAAAUGCCGAAAAUGUACUACUAUCACAAGGGCACAUUCGAGUACGCCGGACUGCUCACGCGACUCCAGGAUCUGAAGCAGAAAGUCGCCGACCGUGAGAGGGAACACUCGCCUACGUACCUGAAGAAGCUCAAGAAGAAGAACUCAGACUUCUUCGCCCAUGAACCAACGGGCAUAUACAUCGCGCCGGACGGGAACGACAUCGCCGAGAUCCAACGCCGUACGAAGACGGCUUCUUCGAGUUCCAAAUACGAUGCGCGGCAGAGUAUCCACUGA